GGCCCGGCGCCUGGCGCUGCUGCUGCUGCUGCUGCUGCUGAGGCUCCAGCCCUGGCUGCCUUCUUCCAUGGGAUCCCCCCGUCAAGGCCGGCUGUGAAGCUCUCCUCCUGGCUUGGAGCGAAUCAUGCGGGAGCUAGCGCUGGAGGUCGGGGUCCGGGUGCUGCUCUUCGGCGUCUUCGUCUUUACAGAAUUUUUGGACCCAUUCCAGAGAAUUAUUCAGCCAGAAGAAAUCUGGCUCUAUAAAAACCCUUUGGUAGAAUCUGACAACAUACCUACACGCCUCAUGUUCGCCAUUUCCUUCCUGACACCUCUGGUGUCAUUUUUGUGGUGAAAAAUCAUCCGGCGUACAGACAGGACUGAAAUUAAAAGAAGCUUUCUUAGCUGUUUCCUUGGCACUUGCUUGAAUGGAGUCUGCACAAACACUAUUUAAUUAAUAGUUGGGGAGUAAACAUCGUCCUGUUUCUUUUACCGCUGCUUUCCAGAUGAUAUGAACUCUGAAAUGCAUGCACAGGUGACCAGAGUGGUGUUGUCAGAAGGCAGGAAAAGCUUUCCUAGCAUCCACUCUUCCUUUGCAUUUUCAGGCCUUGGCUUUACCACCUUCUACUUGGCUGGGAAAUUGCACUGCUUCACUGAGAAAGGUCGUGGGAAAAGCUGGCGGCUGUGUGCAGCAAUUCUACCUCUCUAUUGUGCCAUGAUGAUUGCUCUAUCACGUAUGUGCGAUUACAAGCAUCACUGGCAAGAUGCCUUUGUUGGAGGUGUCAUUGGCCUGAUCUUUGCAUACAUUUGCUACAGACAGCACUAUCCUCCACUGGGAAAUCUGGCUUGUCACAAGCCUUACGUCAGCCUGCUGAUUCAGACAUCAUUGAAGAAAGAAGAGGUCCCUACCACAGAUAAUGCCACCAGUCUGCCACUAGAAGGGAUAACAGAAGGUCCAGUAUGACUAAUACACAUGCAGGAUGAACUUUUAGCCCUUUCAUACAUUCCUCCAAUCCAAACUGGUCUCUCUGCAUAAUUAAUGUCUCUUUAACAGCUGUGAUUCUGUCAUAAUCUCUUCUUACUUUUACAGAAUUUCUUCUUUGCACUCAUUUUAACUUUUGUUCUUCUUUGAUUUCUCCCCUCUUUUCCAUACAAAACUUUAAAUAAAUAAAUUCACAGAAAGAAUGUUUCUAACAAACACAAAUAUAAUUAUGAUGGUAAAGACUGCACCAAAACCAUUGUGAUGCCAUUAAUUACUACUAAUCUCUAUUUAUAUGACACUUUUAAUGUGUUACAAAUCCAUAGAUUGCAACAGCCCUACAAGGUCAGUCAUUAUUAUUCCCAUU